GCCCCAAAAGGCCAAAACCACAACACAGCAAGCACUAAUAGCUUUUCAAGCAGCUCUUGCAAACUAGCUUCUGGCAGUGGCAACAGCUUGCCAAGCCGGCGAAAAUGGGUAAGGAGGUCGACGUGUCCGCUCUCGAGGCCGGCGGCGCCCGCGACUAUGUCGACCCACCGCCGGCGCCGCUGGUGGACAUCGACGAGCUCGGCAAGUGGUCCCUGUACCGCGCCGUGAUCGCCGAGUUCGUGGCCACGCUGCUGUUCCUGUACAUCACGGUGGCGACGGUGAUCGGGUACAAGCACCAGACGGACGCGUCGGCGUCGGGCCCCGACGCGGCGUGUGGCGGCGUGGGCAUCCUCGGCAUCGCGUGGGCGUUCGGCGGCAUGAUCUUCAUCCUCGUCUACUGCACCGCCGGCAUCUCCGGCGGCCACAUCAACCCCGCGGUCACCUUCGGCCUCUUUCUGGCGCGCAAGGUGUCCCUGGUGCGCGCGGUGCUGUACAUGGCGGCGCAGUGCCUGGGUGCCAUCUGCGGCGUCGCGCUCGUCAAGGGCUUCCAGAGCGGCUUCUACGCUCGCUACGGCGGCGGCGCCAACGAGGUCAGCGCCGGGUACUCCACCGGCACCGGCCUCGCCGCUGAGAUCAUUGGCACCUUUGUGCUCGUGUACACCGUCUUCUCCGCCACGGAUCCCAAGCGCAACGCCCGCGACUCACACGUCCCGGUGUUGGCGCCGCUGCCAAUUGGGUUCGCUGUGUUCAUGGUGCACCUGGCGACGAUCCCGAUAACCGGCACGGGGAUCAACCCGGCGAGGAGCCUCGGCGCCGCCGUCGUGUACAACAACAACAAGGCCUGGAGCGACCAGUGGAUCUUCUGGGUGGGUCCGUUCAUCGGGGCGGCGAUCGCGGCGCUGUACCACCAGAUCGUCCUCCGCGCCAGCGCCAGGGGCUACGGCUCCUUCCGGAGCAACUCCUAGGCCAACCUCGUCGUCGAGGACUUCCACGCCCGGGCAGGCCGGCCGAUACUGAGCUCUUCCUCCUCCGGAGUUUAAGUUGAACGGAGAGGGAGAGCCCCGGCGUGGUUAAUGUAGUAGCAGUAGUAGCUUCAGUUAAGUGUUGGAACUGCCAGCAACGGCAGAGCAAGUAUUUGUGUGUGCUGUGGAAAGCAAGUGUAACUUUGUCUGCGUGUGUGCACCAUGUUGGCUUGAAGUCAAAUUAAUAAAGAUGAAGGGAUCCAAGUGAUCGUUUUCUUUUUCUUUCA